GCUCCGACCUUUAUCCUCCAGGGGCGAGGCUCCCCGGCUGAGGCGACCGGAGGCUAUUCGCCCCAAGGCCCAGAUAGGCCACCGCUGAGGCUUCCCACGUGAGCCCGGGGCGUCCCCGUGGAGCGGGCGGGAGGGCGGGCGCCUCCCCGCGCUGGCUUAGCUGCCCGCGGCCCUGCCUGCUCCCGCCUCUCCAGCGUGGAGGGCCGCAGCCCGCCGUCAGCGGACGUCAGCUGUGGGAUAUCUAGGCCCGGUACCCUCAGGCCAGGAAGCCCAGACUGCCCUGCUGCAUUUCAUGCGUGGUUUUGCAAUAGGUCGAAAUUUCUACUGGCUUAAACCCGGGACCUACGCAAAGAGGACCCGUUUGUUUUUGUUUUGGAGGUUUGGGUUCAGGGUUAGUUUCCUUUCUCCCUCCUCCCCCCCCUCCCCUUCCAAAAUGGCAGCCUCCAGUCGCGCACAAGUGUUAGACCUGUACCGGGCAAUGCUGAGAGAGAGCAAGCAUUUCAACUCCUACAACUACAGAACGUAUGCUGUCAGGAGGAUAAGAGAUGCCUUUAGAGAAAAUAAAAAUGUAAAGGAUCCUGUAGAAAUUCAAGCUCUAGUGAAUAAAGCCAAAAGAGACCUUGGACUAAUCCGUCGACAGGAAUUCCAGUGAAUGUUCAAGUCUGGGGCAGUAACAUUCCCACAGUGAUGCAUCUCUAUCAAAGGGAUGUCUCUCAUUUGAUUAGAUAUUGUCCAUUAAAUUUGUGUGAUGCCUCCAAGAUUGACAUGAAUACAAGUUUCCAUUUCCUUUCUAGAAGAAGUCUCCUUUGCCUCUGCUACUUUUGUGUACUACAGUAGUUAUGUAGCAUAUUCUCAUAUGCAGAAAAGCUUAUAAGGCUGUGUUAAUACCAUAUAUAGAAAACUUCUGCAGGAAUUGCACCAGGGAAUCUCCACUGUAUUCCUCCAUUCUUUCUAGUUACCACCACAGUUCACUCUAGAAUUCAUUGAAGGAUUUACUAUUAAAUCUGCUACAGAAAGUACCUUUGUCUCAUAGGCAGAGGUCUGCACAACAGCUGAUCUCAGCUCAGAGCAACAUUACUUCAUGAUCUGGGUGAGUCAUUUCUUUUCCUAACUUAGCACAUUCAUAAAGAGACAAUUGUAUUUGAUGAGGAAGCGGGUGGUGAAGUUGAUGUUCCAAUGAUGUAUGUCAGCAUUGCUGUCUUAUACUACUCUGUUAAGUUGUAAGAUACAUCAUCUCUUUUCUCACAAAGGCAGUCUGUGAGACACUAUUGUCCUUGUCUUGUAACUGAGAAAAUUGAGGUUUUGGCAUGUUUGAGUGGUUCUCCACGGACACACAAUUAAGAGGAGGGCCGCCUGCAUCUUUUCUCACUUGAGAGCCAGCUCUCAGAAGAGGAUUCACACUGUGGGCUGCUGUACCUCACAAAAGGCAAACAAGACACUGAAGAUGAGGGAAGGCAGCAAGACAUGUGUUUCCUUUUCAUAAGUGUUUGUUUAAACUCUUAUUAGAAGGUAGCACCCUCUGUAGGCUCACAAAUAGUUUGAUUUCUAGAGACCAGGCGCCUUUAUCCUUUCUCAAAAAAAACUCUGCCUUGAAAAGAAAAAGAAAAACCUCUCUGAAAAUGUUAAAGUUCAGCCACCUUAUUUAAGAAAUGUUUGCUCAGAAUCUCCCCCACAGAUCUGAAGGUUGCAGCUCAAUUGUGCUUUUCUUGACAAGCAAUCACUGGAGGACCCUUCAGUGGCAACCUUUUGAUGCCUCACUGCUUAGCUUGUUCUUUCAAAUAAUCAGAAUUGACACCAGUGCUCAUGCAGAUCUUCCUGCAAGAUGACAAAGGAGCAGUGUCACAGAUCUUAGAGAGGGCAACAAAAGAGGCUCCUCUUGCUUAUGUUAAUUUGUAUUUCUGGGAGUUGGCAGGGAGGAACUGAUCUUUGUGCCCACUAGGUAUAUGAGGAAAUACACUCAUUUUUCUGAGCACUUACUCUCUGCAAUUGAAUUUUCUUUCCAAAUUAAUGAAUAUUACCUGCAUGUAUAUCUGAAGGAUAGUGUUCUUAGUGCUGUUGGAGAUGCUUCUACAAAUUAUA